AUGUUCCCUAAAUUCGUUGCAUUGUUCGCUAUCGCAUGUGGGGCACUUGGGCUUGCACAGACGGUGUAUCUUGCAGGUGACUCGACCAUGGCCAGGGGUGGAGGUGGGUCCGGAACUGAAGGAUGGGGUCAAUUUCUGGCACAAUACUUGACCAUCCCGGUCGUCAAUAUGGCUAUCGCUGGGAGGAGUGCCCGAAGCUACACGGAAGAAGGCAGAUUCCAAACGCUCAUCAAUACUGCGAAGAGCGGUGAUUUUGCGAUCAUCGAGUUUGGCCAUAACGACGGAACGGCCAAUCCGGACAACGGAAGACAAGAUGCGGUCGGCGAUGGGUACGAUACAACAUCCUUGGUAACCGCAGCAAACGGGACUACUUUCCUCGUGCAUUCUUUCCCCUUUUAUAUACAAAAUGCCGUCGACGCGCUGAAAGCGAAAGGGGCUAUUCCCAUCAUCUCGUCGCAGACACCAGACAACCUGUGGACAGGAACCAAGCUAUCGCCCCCCUCAAGAUUCGUUGCAUAUGCAGCAACUACGGCUGGUCGAACAUCUGUGUCAUAUAUUGACCACUUCGCUUACGUCGCGCAAGCCUAUCAGGCACUCGGACAAACGGCUACUACCGCCUUCUACCCCAUAGACCAUGUGCACACAUCACCGGCAGGUGCCAACGUGGUAGCCCAAUCGUUUGUCCGGGGGCUCCUUUGCGGUAGCAGCUCGUUGAAAAGCAGGGUAAAUUCCGCCGGUCAAUCAGUUCCGAAUGGAUUAUCACGCACAGCUCUCCUUGAGAUCCAGAUGCUCUCUUCAUGGCGCAAGCAUGACAACAAAGACACGAACGACCCCCAAGAAGCGACGGCCGGCAGAGGUAACAGCCUCGAGGUCACCGGUACAACCAUCGAUGAUCCUGUAGUCGAUGACGACGAAAAGUACCGCAAACGGGCUACUACCACUGCCAUAUCUACACCUCACGAUGCCGUCCUCGCAGAGCUUCAGGGCUCGCACCAGAACAUCGAUCUCUCCGCCAGGAUAGAGGAGCAAGGGCUUCCUGAGCUCUUGGUGGGGCUUGAUGCACCGUUCCAUGACUCGGAGUACGUGCAAAGGACAUACAUGCCUGAUCAAAUACAGGACCCGUUCACUGGGGCCCCGCUUGGACUACUUGCUGCUGGAAGUGAACCAAAAACGAAUCUAUUCUCCUUGCGUCAUCAGGAUAUGUGGACCCACUUAUCCAAAGUCCUCGAGCUUCAAGGUGAAAUCGCAAAGUUACACAUCGAUAUGGAGGGUAUUACGGCGAGCGGGGGGCUAUCGGGUGGGCAUGGCAAAGGCAGUGGAUCCUCAAAUCAGAGGUCGAAGAUGUCUUGGGACUUGGACCAUGGGAAGGCUUUGAAUAUCCGCAGGGAUACAUUACCGACUAAGGCCGGUGAGCCAGGACCCGAGGGUGACGGUGAGGACAUGGACGUUGGAGUGGAGGAAGACGAGGAAGCCACUAAGAAGAAGGCGCGCGAGGAGGAGUUUGCGAACCUUGCGAGCAAGUUUGAGGGUCGCAAAGCGAAGGUUGACGCUAUCAUGGAUAAGUUGGGUGAUUUGUCGAAGGCAUUGACGGAAUUCCAUGCGCUACAAGCACCUGUCCUGGCCUUCUCUGGGAGUUCGACCCCACAUCAACCUUCUGCACCACCCCUCGAGCGAGGAUCGAAGCCGCAUGUUUCCCCCGUAUCAACUACAUCAACUGGAGAGGGGAUACAUCCCCCUCAAGAUCUCACAUAUGGCGAAAAUGCUCCUGAGCGUUCGACUAUGGGAGUAAAGAGCUUGCCGUAUAUCAAGACGGCUAACGUCUUAGCCGGGUUUCCGCCUGGUGUGCAUCAUCCACCAGGCAUUACAGACAGUCCGAAGUCAAUAGGAAGUUUGAUCGAUCCAGAGACAUAG